UCAGGUUCUUUCUUUUCCCCCCUCAGCCGCUUCAGCAACCGAAGGAGCGUUCUCCUCAGCAUCCCCAAAGCCAGGCUCGACUUCCAGCCUUGCUGCCUGGGGAGGGCUUUGAGAGAGAUGGAAAAGAUCCCCAAAGGCCCCCAUUCUGCCAGCCGCUUCAGCAACCGAAGGAGUGUUCUCCUCAGCAUCCCCAAAGCCAGGCUCCACUGCCAGCCUUGCUGCCUGGGGAGGGCUUUGAGAGAGAUGGAAAAGAUCACCAAAGGCCUCCAUUCUGCCAAGUAGGAAGGCACAACCAAAGCACCCCGGACAGAUGGCCAGCCAGGCCUUGUUUUAAAUCCUCAUGGGACCAGACUCCCCGCAGAGGCGACUGGGCCGCUUUGCGAUGCCGGGGACCACCAACUUCACGGCCCUGAUGCUGAGUCCGGAUGGAGGCCUGCUCUACGUCGGAGCCCGCGAGGCGCUCCUGGCCCUCGACACCAGCGCUUUUGCCCCGGGGCCACAGCACCGGAAGCUGUCGUGGGAGGCCGAGGAAGAGAAGAAGCGCCAGUGUGUCUUCAAGGGUAAAGACCCCCAGAGGGACUGCCACAACUACAUCAAGAUCCUCCUGCAGCUGAACGAGACCCACCUGUACACCUGCGGGACCAGCGCCUUCAGCCCCGCCUGCGCCUACAUUAAAAUCCCGGAUUUCACCUUGGUCCGGGAAACAUCUGGGCGGCUGGUUCUGGAGGACGGGAAGGGGCGCUGCCCGUUUGACCCCGAGUACAAGUCCACCGCCAUCAUGGUCGAGGGAGAGCUCUACACGGGGACCGUCAGCAACUUCCAAGGCAACGAGCCCUCCAUCCUCCGGAGCCACGGCAGCCGGCCGGCCAUCAAGACGGAGAACUCUCUCAACUGGCUACAAGACCCCUUCUUUGUGGGCUCCGCCUUCCUGCGCCAGAGCCUCGACAACAAUGACGACGACGACAAGAUCUACUUCUUCUUCAGCGAGAGCGGGAAGGAGUUCGACUUCUUUGAAGACACCAUCGUGUCACGCAUUGCACGCGUGUGCAAGGGCGACGUGGGGGGCGAGCGGGUGCUGCAGCGGCGGUGGACCACCUUCCUGAAGGCUCCGCUGCUCUGCUCGCACCCCGAGGACGGCUUCCCCUUCAACGUGCUGCAGGACAUGUUUGUCUUGACCCCCGGACAGGACUGGAGGGAGACGGUCUUCUAUGGGGUCUUCACCUCCCAGUGGGACAGGAAGGGGGCCGGGGGGGCGGCCGUGUGCGCCUUCUCCAUUCAGGACGUGGAAGAAGCCUUCAAUGGACUCUACAAGGAGGUCAACCGGGAGACACAGCAGUGGUAUACCGAUACCCGCCCUGUGCCAGAGCCCCGGCCUGGAGCAUGCAUCAGCCGCCAAAUGAAGAUCGCCUCCUCCCUCCAGAUGCCCGACCGGGUGCUCAACUACCUCAAGGACCACUUCCUGAUGGACAGCGCCGUCCGGAGCCAGCCCCUCCUCCUGCAGGGACACUCACGCUACCGGCAGGUGUCCGUCCAGAGGGUGCAGGGUCUGCACCGGGCCUACGACGUCCUCUUCUUGGGCACAGAGGACGGCCAGCUGCACAAGGCUGUGGUCGCAGGGCAGAACCAGGUGCACCUGAUUGAGGAGAUCCAGCUCUUCCCCGCCGGGCAGCCCGUCCUGGAGCUGCUGCUGGACGCCACGCAGGGCCUGCUCUACGCCGCCUCCUUUGCCGCCCUGGUGCAGGUCCCUCUCGCCAACUGCAGCAUGCACCGCACCUGCGGGGAGUGCGUCCUGGCCCAGGACCCCUUCUGCGCCUGGAGCGGAAGCGCCUGCCGCCCCUUUGCCCGGGACCCCCGCUCAGCGGCCUCCUGGGUCCAGGAUAUUGAAGGUGUGGAUGCCGUGCGGCUCUGCCCUGAGACCGGCAGGGAGCUUGGCAACUCGGCAGGGGAGGAGCCCCAGUGCCAGCGGGUGCUCCUGCGCCCCAACGCCGUGACGCCGCUGCGCUGCCCGCCGCUCUCCAACCUGGCUUCGUGGCGCUGGGAGCGGGACGGGACCCCCCUCAACGCUUCCUGGCUGGUGCUGCCGGACGGGGAGCUGGUGCUGGCGGGCGGCCCGGAGCAAGCGGGGCGCUACGAGUGCUGGUCCUCGGAGGGGGGCUUCCGGCAGCGGACGGCCAGCUACUGCGUGGAGGCCGGGCGGCCGUGGGUCUUCCGCAGCCCGCCGGACACCGUCGGCACCUCCAGGAGCACCUCGGCGGAGGCGGCCGGCCUCUCGGACGACAAGACUUACUGGACCGAGUUCCUGGUGAUGUGCGCCCUCUUCGGCCUCGUCGUGACGCUGCUCACGCUCUUUGCGCUGCGCCGGCACCACGGCGCCAUGAAGGCCUUCCUGAAGCAGGGCACCUGCACCCGCACCCACCCCAAGGCCAAGGCGCCCCCGGAGAGCCUGCCCCUCAACGGCGCCACGGCCGCCCCCAGCGCCCUGCUGCCCGACCACAAGGGCUACCACGCGCUCGACGACAGCAGCCCGGCCCACGGCGCCCCAGGCCUCCCGACCGUGGCCUUCCUAGAGUCCAGCCGCCGCCCGCUAAGCAUGCACGCGAGCCUUGUGGAAGUGUCGCCGCCUUCCCAGCGGCCCCGCGUGCGCCUGGGCUCCGAGAUCCGGGACUCGGUGGUAUGAGGCCGGAUGGCAAAGAACGAGACAGACAGACCUUCCUGUGCUGAGCCUUCUGCAGAACUGGCCCCGGGCAUCAGAACGGGCAGUGGAGCCGCUGUGGUGCCGGGGGAGCCUGCAUGUCUUUUGGAGCGCUGGGCCUGUCAGGAGAAGGGCAUGACAGCGCUUUCAGCAGAAGGCGAGGCUUCUUGGAAGGCAGCACUAUGAGAUGAAACGCACAAUUUGGAUGACGUUUUGACGGCCAACUUGACCGACUCACAGUUCAAAGGGGGGGAUUUGAGGUCUCGGAAGCUGCCCCUGUGGGACCAACGCCCCUUUCUUGGCCCACCCAAGGAACUGGACUCCAAGAGGUCUUCCUUUGGGACAAGGAGAGCAGGAUCGGCUCCGGUCGUGCUCCGAUGGGGCAGGAGCCAGACAUGUGGGUGUCCUUGUCUUUGUAUUGUCUGUGCAGGAGUGGGAAAGCGGGGCCAGGAGACGGAGGAAGCCUUUCCAAGGCCAGGCCACUGUGAACCCCCUCCCCAAUCCUUCACCAGCAUGGAGUGCCCUCACAACCAUAUCCCCCUUCCCUCGGUGCAUCUGCACAAGUGGUGGCUGUGUUUAUUUGUGUGGUUUUGCAUAAAAGUUGACCCGUC